AAUGCCACCCAGUCGCAGAUUGGAGGCACAGUUCAAUCGGCUAACGGUACACUUCAAGAUGCAUCCAAUGGCAGCUUGGCUAUUGAUGGCGCUGAUGGCGCUGAUGGCAGGCCCAGCGCUGGCCGCGGUACUGGUGGAUUAUGCGACGGCUGGCAGCGAGGAUAUCUAUUUGCAGCCCAACAGCGGACUGGACGUGGCGUGGGAGGAGUACAAGGAAUAUCCAGACGAUGGGGAGCAGGAGCAGGAGGAGCAGGAGUUGGAGGAGCAGCCACAGGGUGACAACAUAGAGGCAAUUGGCCUGGAUGAGAACAGCUGCGAGUAUAGUUGUCCGCGCUAUUAUCGCCCCGUUUGUGCCAGCCGCAACGACCAGCUGAUCACCUAUGCCACGCCCUGCGAAUACUUCAAUCACCUGCGCUGCGCCAGCGUCGCUCGCAGCCAGGGCAAGGAGACGCCCACCUAUCAGCUGUUGUAUCAAAGCGCCUGCAAAGAGAGCAGACGCUGAUUAUAUGAUUGAUUGAUUGAGUGAUUGAUUGAUUGAUUGACUGAUUGAAAGCAAGCAUGGAAUUAGUU